UAGGAAUAUGGGAAGCUUUAUCAAAGUGAAAAUUCCCAUCAAUCACGUAAAGAAUCCAAUGCCUCGCGCUCUUCACCUACAUGUUGAUAUGUUUAGGAUACAAACCAAACUUCAAAUUUAAAAAGGCACAGCUUUCUUCUUCUUCCUUUCCUCAUUGAUUCCAUUGGCCCUUUUUUUCUCCAAUAAAGCUGUCAAAAGGAUUAUUGAAGUUUUAACUCCCCAAUUCCAGAAACUGUACUGCAAUUAGAAUGGGAAAUGUGGUGGAAGUUAAGGUGGGCUUGCAUUGCGAGGAAUGUAUCAAGAAAAUAUUGAAGGCCAUCAAGAAGAUUGAAGAUAUUGAAACGUAUAAUGUGGAUACGCAACUGAACAAGGUCACGGUGACAGGUAAAGUUACGACAGAAGAAGUCAUCCGAGUCCUUCAAAAGAUUGGCAAAACGGCAAGAACUUGGGAGGGAGACGAGAUUUAUGGUUAAUCCUACAUGUUCGUUAUGCCACGCUCUCCAACUUUAAACGUCAAUACUUGACUAUCUCGGUUUGCUGUACUAGUAUUUUGGGGGCUGUAUUCUAUCCUUUUUUCUUUUUGUUUUUUUGUUUUUUUGGGUCAUGGUGUUGAAUUUUCUCUCUAUAUGUAUUAUUGGAACAUCCUAAAUACGAAUAAUUAUAUUAGACAACAAUUUUUUGUAUGAUAAGAUUAAAUUAAAAAAGCGUAAGAGAUCGAUCAUAAGUCUGGAUGUUAAUGUCCAUUAAAACCAAGGAAAAGCACAAAGAAAUAAAUGUACAAACGCAAAGCACACUUGAGUUGAGGAUUGACACGACGGCGAGGGUCGAUUAUGUACAAAAACUAUCCAAACUAGGAAGGGAACAACAAGAGAUUAGAGAUGCAUGCUCAUCGAUCUACUGGGUCGGGAGAACCCAGUUUGGGUCUUUCCGUCUGACUCAGUCUACCUCGGUUGCUGAAUCGUGCGUGGACUCACUUUCACAUUAACAAUCUUGGGGGCCUUCUCCCUAUACCUCGGCAUUUCUGCUAAAGCUCGCGCUUUCUGCCAUUUCAAAGUCCCCAUUGAAAUCAAAUCCCUGUAAUAGUCUUUUUCUUCUUCCUCAUCUGCCAAAAACAAAAGGGAAAUUUUUAGUUAGCGAGAUGGAUCGGCAAGCCGGAUCGAGGAGUUGAGUUGGCUUUUCUCAAUAUCCAAAUUCCAAACACAAUUAGAACCAGAGUAGAGUGUUACCCUCGGAUGAUUCAACUUACUCUUGUCGUCGUCUAAGUAGUAGUCGUCGAAGAUGGCGUCGACGUCGGGUAGAUCGUCAAAAUCGGGAAACUGCGCGUCAAUUUGGGGAUCCUGGAAGCGCUCUUGGAGCCAGUAGUCGCGGAACCAAGGGGAGGAUUGGACCAGAGCCCACCAUUGGUCGGAGAAGUCCUCCACCAUCCGAUAUGCCAAAGGAACGAACGACGGAGCGUUUGGA